AGGACUUCGAGGUAUGAACUGCAACUAUAUAAGCAUCUUUGGUGGAUUUGCAGACCCAAGGCCGAAGAGGAGCGAUGAGUUUUUCAAAGUGGGCAUCGGUGGAUUUGCUUUCACAAGAGAUCUUCGUCCAAAUUCUGAGUAAACUCCCUGCCAAAUCUCUGGUGCGAUUCAAGUGUGUUUCGGAAUUCUUUUGUUAUCUGAUUGUUGAUCAUUCCUUUGCCGAUCUGCACCGCAACUGGUCCUUAACCCUUCCUAGCAGUAGGAUGAGCAUUCUAAUCUCUUUGCCGAUCUGCGUAGAAGACGGUAGACUCCGUUGGCAUUACACAAUAAAUUAUUCUGAAGAAAACCAAGGAAUACUCCAUGCCAAUCGUCUCCGCUAUAUCGACGACGACGGUAAUCUCUUUCAAAAGGUUUAUAUAAGCUCUUCGGUGGACGGCCUAAUUUGUUUCUGCACAUACUCACGACUCGGAGACGCCAUUGCUAUUCACAACCUUAGUACCCGAAAGCAUAUCUCUCUUCCAUCAAGUAUUCCAAGUGUUGGGCGCGAUUCCGGGAGCAGGAUGACCGCUUUUGGGCUCUUAGGUUUUGAUUCAGUCUCGAGAAGAUACAAGGUGUUGAAGUCAGUACACUAUACCAAUCGCUCUUACAACCGGCAUGUUUUGGUAAAGCAUUGGGUUUUUACACUGGGCGUGGAUAAAUCAUGGAGGGAGAUUCAUUCGUCUCCCGCCUUCCAUCCUUGCACUUGUUUUAAUAAUCAUUUUUAUUUUCGUACUAGUGUUCAUAUUGACGGCAUUAUCUAUUCCCUUAAUUCAUUGAAUAAAGGUGAAAUAGUAACAUUUGAUGUUAGAGUUGAGAAUUUUUCAGUUACACCUCCUCCUCCUCCAGCUACUAUACCUGGAUUGGUAGAGGGGCCAGCAGGCGUGGAUAGUGGUAGAUCUGGAUUGGUAGAGGUGGAUGGUCGAUUAGCUAUUGUUGAUCUUAUAAGCGACAACUUGCGCUACGGUAUGGCAAUAUGGAUCCUUGAGGAAUUGGCAUGGAAGAAACAAUAUCUGAUUUUCAUUCCCAUCCCAAUGCAAGAGAUUCAUGAUUUUAAUAAGAUGAUUUUGUUCGUUGCUACUAAUCAUGUUGGCGAGAUUGCUGUGCUAGUGAGACGGAACAUCUGUCUUUCAAUUUUAUUUUAUAACUUUAGAAGACAGAGUUGGAGAAAAUUUGAAAUAUGCAAGUUGCCUCUAGGCUCAUCUAUGUAUCCCAAACUGUAUCCUGCCAUGUACUUCAUCUUAGACAAUAUCUUUGUCUUAUAAUUUUAUUUGAUGAAUACAUUCUCCAAACAACUAAUAUAUCCUUAUUAUUAUUGAAA